AUGGACUAUUACUCCCCUCUUUUCACGUCUUUAUUUGCUGCGGGUGCUGGAUUCAUAGCAGGAUGGUAUUUCCGAAGAGGAUGUCCUUCUAAACGUGCUCUUAUGAAGAUGAAUUGCCAGAUUAGCGACAAACAAAAAUUAGUUCUAGUCGUUCGAAAUGACCUCAAAAUGACUCAAGGGAAAGUUGCCGCCCAGUGUUCACACGCCACUCUUGGUUGCUAUCAAAAGGCAAUUGAACAGUGUCCAGAAGCUACUGAAGCUUGGGAAUCUACUGGGCAAGCGAAGAUUGUUCUUCGAGUCCCUGAUUAUCCUUCAUUAAUACAACUUCAAAAGGCAGCUCGCGACAUUGAUUUGCCUCACUGCCUUGUUCACGAUGCUGGGCAUACACAAGUCCCAUCUGGGACUGCUACUGUUUUAGGGAUUGGACCAGCCCAUUGUGAACUCAUUGAUAGUAUUACCGGGCAUCUUAAAUUGUAUUAA